AUGAUUCCUGUUUGUCCACCUAUGCUCCUUUCAAACUGCCCGUGGAAUCGUCGAUAUAUUGAACUAUGUUUACCAAAGAUACAACCAAUCACUUUGCUUAUAAUACCAAGAAAUUCUUUUCGAUAUACACUUCCAGAUAAAGUAAAUCUAUAUUUUCAAAAAAAAACAAAGAUAUUUACAGUACAUUAUUUUCAACACAAUAUAUAUGUAGAUUACUUACAUAUAGAAACUUGUACUAGCAUUAAUAUAGACAAAUACUCUUAACAAUAUUGUUAUAAAAUUUUCAAUUGCUACUUGAGUUGCUCC